CAACGCGCGUCGCAACACGGGCAGCCGCCACCGACCGACCGGCUACCGCCCCCUUCCAGGCUCGUCCAGCAGGAAGGACAUCGCGCAUCGCGAGUUUCAAACUUUUUACUCCACACAAAAAAUCAAACGCGCUUAAAAUCAAAUUUACACUCAUUCUCCAAACGAAGAAAAAAAUGUUACCCAGAAAAGUUUUGCGAAAACUUGAAAAGUUUUAACAUGCGAUUAGACUUAAGAAAACUGCCAUAUAAACAAAUAAACUAAACUAAUAUUUAUACCGUCAAUAUCAAAAUAUAUAAAAAUUGUAACAUUUACAAAAAAAAAACUUAAAAGAUAAGUAAAUUAGUGUGUAAUAAGUGUUUUAAGUGUUAGCGAGAAAAUAUUUAUAAAAAAGGUGUGUGCAUGUGUGAUGCACGAGUGAAGAUGAGUUCGGUGGUGUUCUUCGUGAUGCUCUUGGUUGCGGCGGCGGUGAGCGGCGGGCCGGCGUGGAAAGACCAGAGUGUGCAACGCGGUGGAGGCAUCAAACUAGGAGGCGGAGGCGGUGACCAAACCGCCGGAUCUUCAUCAAGUGGGACUCAACGCGGCAGUGGGUUGCGUCUCGGCGUUGGCACUCGGGGUUCCACACGCACAACAACGACAACUGCUGCGCCGGAUGACGAGGAACAAAUUCAAACACCUUCGGCACCGACCGCCUACGGCCUGCCGCGUCUUCACGUCGGGAUGGUGGUACCCUAUAAGUCGUUUGGUACUCGUGAAUAUACCAAAGCAGUGACAUCCGCAAAAUACGCUCUUCAGAGAAAGUUUCCGAUGCUUUUCAAAAAAUACGAUCUGCAUGUGCAUAUUGUCAUGAAGGAGAUGACACCAAGUCCAACAGCAAUUCUAAAAUCGCUCUGCCAAGAGUUUCUAUCCUUCAACGUGUCCGCCAUCUUGUACCUGAUGAACUACGAACAAUACGGACGCAGCACUGCAUCUGCUCAGUACUUCCUGCAAUUGGCAGGUUACCUAGGCAUACCGGUGAUAGCGUGGAACGCUGAUAAUUCCGGUUUGGAAAGACGCGCAUCUCAAUCUUCACUGCAACUGCAACUAGCGCCAUCUUUAGAACAUCAAACCGCAGCCAUGUUGAGCAUCUUAGAACGCUACAAAUGGCAUCAAUUCUCCGUCGUUACAAGCCUCAUCGCCGGUCACGAUGACUUCAUCCAAGCUGUGCGUGAACGUGUUUCAGCAAUGCAGGAUCGUUUUAAAUUUACGAUUCUAAACGCGGUGCUGGUGGCGAAGAACGGCGACCUGGCUGCGUUGGUCGACAGCGAGGCGAGAGUGAUGUUGCUGUACUGCACACGUGAGGAGGCCAUCGACAUUCUCACCGCCGCCAGGGAUUUUAAGCUCACCGGCGAAAACUACGUGUGGGUGGUGACGCAGAGCGUAAUCGAGAAUCCCCUUCAAGCGCCAAAUCAAUUUCCCAUCGGUAUGCUAGGUGUACAUUUUGACACAUCUAGUUCGAGCCUCGUCAACGAGAUAACAACUGCUAUCAAAGUGUACGCCUACGGUGUCGAAGACUACACCAACGAUCCGAAGAAUCAUGGACGAUCGUUGAACACACAAUUGAGUUGCGAGGGUGCUGGUGCAGCACGAUGGGACACCGGCGAUCGCUUCUACAAAUAUCUGCGCAAUGUCAGCGUGGAAGCUGAUACCGGAAAGCCGAACGUCGAAUUCACUCAGGACGGCGUUUUGAGGGCGUCGGAGUUGAAAAUCAUGAAUUUACGCCCUGGCGUAAGCAAACAACUCGUCUGGGAAGAGAUCGGUGCUUGGAAAUCGUGGCAGCGAGAAGGACUCGACAUCAAGGACAUUGUCUGGCCUGGCAAUAGCCACACGCCGCCGCAGGGCGUUCCCGAGAAAUUCCACCUGAAGAUCACUUUUCUCGAGGAGCCGCCGUACAUCAAUCUUGCGCCGCCCGAUCCUGUCACCGGCAAGUGCACCAUGGAUCGAGGCGUCCUCUGUCGGGUAGCUACGGAUAAAGAAAUCAAGGAGGUGGAUAUGUCACAGGCGCACCGCAAUGAAAGUUUCUACCAGUGUUGCUCGGGUUUCUGCAUCGAUCUCCUGGAGAAGUUCUCCGAGGAGCUGGGUUUUACCUAUGAACUGGUGCGUGUUGAAGAUGGCCGCUGGGGCACCAAUACAAAUGGGAAGUGGAACGGUCUCAUCGCGGAUUUGGUCAAUCGCAAAACGGAUAUGGUGAUGACUUCGCUAAUGAUCAACUCGGAACGCGAAGCAGUCGUUGAUUUCAGCGUUCCUUUUAUGGAAACAGGCAUUGCCAUUGUAGUUGCUAAGCGAACUGGCAUUAUUUCGCCGACUGCUUUUCUGGAACCUUUUGACGCCGCUUCUUGGAUGUUGGUCGGCAUUGUGGCCAUCCAGGCAGCGACCUUUAUGAUUUUCCUCUUCGAAUGGCUCUCACCCAGUGGAUUCGACAUGAAACUGUCGUUAAAUCAGAAUACGCCAUCGGCAUCACAUCGGUUUUCACUCUUCCGGACCUAUUGGCUGGUGUGGGCUGUUCUCUUUCAAGCCGCUGUACAUGUUGACUCGCCACGUGGUUUCACUGCACGGUUCAUGACUAACGUGUGGGCCAUGUUUGCUGUCGUCUUUCUUGCCAUCUACACUGCCAACCUCGCCGCGUUCAUGAUCACCAGAGAAGAAUAUUUUGAGUUCUCAGGUGUGGACGAUAGUCGUUUAUCUCGGCCGUUUUCACAUAAACCGUUAAUAAAAUUCGGUACAAUCCCCUGGUCACAUACCGAUUCAACUAUUUCGAAGUAUUUCAAAGAAAUGCACAACUAUAUGAGCAAAUACAACAAGACCACAGGUAAAGGUGUUGAUGCUGUUCUUACUGGUGAAAUGGAUGCGUUUAUCUAUGAUGGCACCGUCCUAGACUACCUCACCGCACAGGACGAGGACUGCCGUUUGCUCACAGUGGGCUCAUGGUAUGCCAUGACCGGAUACGGGCUUGCUUUCCCUCGAAAUUCCAAAUACAUCAAGAUGUUCAACAAAAAGAUGCUUGACUUUCGAGAAAACGGCGACCUUGAACGCCUGCGUCGUUACUGGAUGACCGGCACAUGUAAACCGGGUGAGGAAGUUAAAACAUCCGACCCGCUCGCCCUGGAACAGUUCUUGUCCGCUUUCCUGCUUUUAAUGGCGGGUAUACUCUUGGCUGCGUUGUUGCUACUCUUGGAACAGCUAUAUUUCAAAUACGUGAGGAAACACCUAGCGAAAACAGACCGAGGAGGGUGUUGCGCGCUAAUAAGUUUAUCGAUGGGGAAAAGUUUGACUUUCCGUGGGGCGGUUGAGGCGCAGGAUAUUUUGAGGAAUCAUCGAUGUCGCGAUCCGAUUUGCGACACGCACCUGUGGAAGGUUAAGAGGGAGCUGGAUAUUUCGCAGAUGCGUUGUAAACAGCUGGAAAAGGAGCUGGAGUCGCACGGACUGAAACCACCGCCAGCUUGUAAACGGCAGCGUCCGCCACGCCGCCCCACCUGCCUCACGGCCUGUCUUGGCCCGCCCCAUUCGCCUGACGUCAUCGUGUCUGGCGAGCAGGCGCGCGCGCGUCUUCGCGGCCUCGCCUCCGACAACGUCGGCAGCACCGACGAUCUUAAACAGCGAACGGAGAUAGCGGAAAUGGAGACAGUGCUGUGAUGGAGCCCGAUAGUUUCUCGCGACGCGGUGGUCGCAUCGACAAAGUGCAGCAGCACCAACUCGAUGGUAGACGUGGUGCGGUUGCGUGCCAGUACGACACCGACGUCGCCAUCGACGUUGAGCGCACCAGGCGACGGUUUCGGUGAGUUAGGCACAGGUGCAAAAUCAGCGCCGGCGUCACCACGCCAUCGUAAACCACAGGCGGUCGCGCCUGCUGAAACGGUGACGACGGCGGCGGCGAUGCACCGCCUACGCUUACGCAUUGGGCGCAAACUUGCCACCGAAAGUUACCAUCACUACUACGACGUCGAUAACUACUAUCUACGCGACAAGCGGCGCGACGUCCGCCUGCCGCCGAUCGAGAAACUCUUCUGACUGACGCUCGCACGCUAGUGUCACGCCACACGCAAGAACACCAUCGAACACACGCACCCCGAUAGACAUAAACUAUGCCUAAUCAGUUUUAUCACGAAACAGACUGUAAAUAUCACUAAAUAAUAACCGUAAACUCAUGAAAACGUUCAUGGGGGAAAUUGACCGUUAAGAACAAGUUAAGUACUUUAUUUAAUUUCCAACAGAUGGCGUUAUUUGAUGAUUUUCUGACGAUUCUAGCAUACAUCGUAAAUAUCGGCCGUAUCAUAACCAUAAAUGUGUACCGUACUUUACUUUCUUUUUAGUUGCUACGUGAAAUUGCAAAACUUCGUUGUUUUUUUUUGCUUUUAUUGCAACUAGGCUCAAGAUUUUAUUACACCUUCAUAAAUUUAUUACGUAGAAGAAAGUUUGAAGGCAAAUAAUGAAUAACAAGCAGUAAUAAAAGCGAGUAACGCCAUCUGUAUAUUUGAAUUUCAAAUUAAACGACAUUAAUAAUAAUGAUGACAAAAGUUUCAGCUGUGUUUAACGAACCAUAGGGAACUCAAUAAAUUAAACUUAUGACCCGCCACAAAACGGUUUGCCAAAUAGUUUCAUAGUCGAAACAAUUGCCAAACAAAUGAUAUAAGUAAAACAUAACCCCUCAUAGAGACUACAAAUGAGGAAAAAAUCUAUGAUAUACAUAUAAAUACCAUAUACGUUUAUACAUAUUGUUGUUGCUAUAAAAUAAAAUAACAAAAAGAAAGCAAAACGAAAAACCCAAGCCAAAAAAAAUGAAGAUAAUGAUGAGAAAAUGAUAAGACAUACACUGUUGUUGCUGUUUGUUAUAUAAUUGUUGAUGUUAUUCACUGCGCGCGCGCUCAUUAAACGCAUGCCAAAAACAACUAAAACACGUCGGAAAUAAUCCUGUAAGCUAACCUAAAAUAUACUCAAAACAUAAGAUGGCGCAUUUAAAAAAAUUUGAUGAUGAAUUUAAUGAACGCGAAUUAGUUGCGAUUAGUUACGAUUACAAUUACAUGACGUGUCUUAUAUUAUUGUAGAACCAUUGAAAAUGUUAUCAACAAUUUAAAAAAAGAAUUAACUCGUAACAUUACCACGCGAAUAAAGUUUUAUAAAUGUUUUACAUUUUAUUCCUAAGAUGAUUCAAAUGUAUUUUAUUGAGAUUUAUAAAAUUGGUUAGAAAUUUUGUUAUAAAUCGCGCAGUUUUGCCAUUUAGAGAUUAUUAGCGUUUUUAAUCAGUUAGGCUGGACACAUUAAAACAAUUUAAUUGAUUGAAAUGUUUACUAAUCAAUCCUGAUUAGCCAUAACAUGCGCGACCAUACUUAUGUGCACACUCAGGUAACAUAGAUUUAUAAAUUGAAAGCAAAUGAAUGGAAAUACAUGGAAAUACAACAUGACUCAAAUAAGACUUAGCUUUAAUGCGUUUCUGAUUUGUCUGCUUAUAUUCUAAGCGAUUGAUUGGUAAACAUUUCGGUAUAGUCAGUGUAAUUCUCUGUGCUUUGUAAAACAGUUGGAGCAUUGAUGAAGAAGAAAAAAAAAUCAUGAAAUAACACGAAUUAUUUUGGUAUAAGAAAUUUUAUAUAAUAGAACACGAUUGGAAAUCGAUUUAUCGAACUGGGAGAGCAGACAUGUCAAAGUCAUGAGAAUUUCAAACCGAAAAUUGUACAUAGUUAUCACCCUUAGAGUAAAUAUUAAUCAUGACAAAUAAAAUGCUGCCCUUCGAACUCAUCUUCAUUCUAAUAAUAAUUGAAUCAUUAUCAAUGAUUAGUAAAUGUCCGGGCAAGCUGUCAAUCUGUGAAGGAACAGCUUCAAAUGACGCACGACGAUAAAAAAUGAAAAACUUAUGAUUACUAUUAACACAAAGUUGCAUAAAAUGUGUGUUUGCAGGUUUUUUUUAUGAAGUUUUUUCUUUUUUAAAUUUUUUGUGAAAAGCAAAAUCUGUACAAAAGUAGAUUUAUAAGUAUUAUUAAUUAAUAUUAAUUGCCACUUGUUUCCUCAAUUAUUUAUAUAUGAUUGAAUCGUGCCAAAAGUAUGUAUUGCACGAUUGUUUGAAACGAAUUUGAAGGGAGAAAAAGUUUUAAACUGUUCGAAAUUCGAAUGUAAACUA